AUGUCGAACUUAUCUACAAGUCGUACUCGAGGCGAAGAAACUAUUUACAAAACACAAGAGUGGCAAAAUUUAACAACAAAUAAUCAUAAUAUUAUCAAUGGAAAUUCAUCAGAAAAUUAUAUUGAAAAUUUUACUGAUUUAUCUAAUACAGAAAAAAGUCUUGUACUUCGACAAGUUGCACAAAAUUUAAAAACAAAUCCUAUUAGAAAACCAGAUCUUGAUGAUGAUUUUAAUGAAAGAAUUUUGAAUCUAAUUAAGAACAAUGUUUAUGAUGGAAUUUCCCAAUUAGAUAUUACUGACAAUUCUUUACCUAAACAAAAUGAUAAUAUUUUAAAGAAAAUAUAUGAUGAAAUUGUUGAUAUUUUACAUCAAUGGUCUGAUAACAAAUAUAAAUUACAUACAUUUUUCAAUCAUUCAUUACCACAUUCAAUACGUUUUAUUAGUUGGUAUCCAUAUUUAUCGAAUAUUAAACAUCGUGAAAAGUUUCUUAAUGAUUUGGCAACUGAUCCUCGUAUUGUAUUAUCACCAAUGGAUUCUGAAGUUCAACGUAAUUCUGAUCGUCUAAUUGGAAUGUUACCAAGUGCACCUGAUAUGAUCAAUUCUAAAGGAAAUAUGAAUGCAGUGAAAGCAAUACUCUCUUAUCAUCGUUCACUUUUUCCUUACAGACAUGAUUUGUCUAAUGCUGAAUAUUUUUAUGCAAUACCAAUUGUACUUUCACAUAAUACACCUUUAUCAAGUUCUGAAGAAUCCUAUCUAGCAUCACUUGCAAUUUUAAUUGAAAUGUAUAAAACAUUUUUGGAAACAAUCCCAUCAAUAUUAUGUAAUAUUUAUUCCAAUAAUUCAACAGAAGAACUUGAACCAUGGUUUUGUAAAGUUGAAAAUCAUUUGAAAAAUGUUGAUCAAUCUAUUCACAAACAUAUACAAAACAUUCUUCAUUCAUCACGUUGUCUUACAACUAAUUCCUUAUUAUUUGUUUGGGAUCAAUAUUUGAUUACUCGUGAUAUAUCUGAAUUUCAUAAUGAACUUCUACCAGUCAUUGCAACAGCAAUCAUUAUAGCGUUGAAGGAUUUAUUAAUGAAAUGUAAAAAGACAUCAGAGAUUGAAUUUAUUCUAAAAAAUAAACCGACUAUGAUCGAAACACAUCAAUUACAAUCAAUUAUUGCUCAAUUUUUCCUGCCGAAUUUAAGAUAUAAAAUAAAUUCUCAACUUUCAAUUGGUCCACACAUUACUAAUCCACAAGAACUCGACGUAAAAAAUAACCCAUUAUAUAAUUUACUUCGUAAAAUAACACAAACAUGCAAUCGAAUCGCACAUGGUGAAGGAGAAAAUAAUUCAAUACUUAAUAUGCAAACAAUAAAUAAUAUACACAUAAAAAAAUUCGAUUUAAAAAUGGCUGAACGAGAAAUUAUUGGAAGAAUAUCAAGUAAAAAUGAAUGUAAUACAUUAACAUUUGAACAACAACAAAGAUAUAAUCCAACAAUAAUAAAAGUGGUGAAAAAACGGAUUGAUCAGCGCUAUCUUAAUGAACUCAAAUGA